UCUAACCCCGCCUUCUCGGUUUUGAUAUAAAGGGGACAUGUACCACGGUGGUUUGCUGGCUAAUUAGCUAGCUUACUUAGCCUCGGUUUUAUUGUCCGCAGAAAUAACUGUGGUUUAAUGGUUGAUUUUAACACAAAGGGCAGCUUCAAUGUAGAUAGUUAGUCAUUUCAAUGGCGUUUAAUGGUUACCAGCGCGACGAUGAUACUAUCGACGAAGACGAAACGCCCAAGAAGCAGCCACGGUCCAACCAGGAGAUGCCCGGUUCUGUCAGAAACGAGCCCAGAAGUGAGGCUGACGCGCCCGCGGGAGCGGCCACGUCCGAGCGGCGAACCUCCAACGCGACGACGAGGCAUCGGAUCGACUCGGUGAAGAAAACAAGGCCGCCCUUCCCCUGGUUUGGGAUGGACAUUGGAGGCACGCUGGUAAAGCUGGUGUACUUUGAGCCCAAAGACAUCACAGCCGAGGAGGAGCAGGAAGAGGUAGAGAACCUGAAGAGCAUCCGCCGCUACCUGACCUCCAACAUAGCUUAUGGGAAAACGGGCAUCAGGGACGUCCACCUGGAGCUGCAGGACCUGACGCUGUGCGGCCGGACCGGCAACCUGCACUUCAUCCGGUUUCCCACACAUGACCUGCCGGCCUUCCUGCAAAUGGGCCGCAGCAAACACUUCUCGAGCCUCCACACCACCCUCUGUGCAACCGGAGGGGGAGCGUACAAGUUUGAGGGUGAUUUCCGCACGAUGGCUGACUUGGAGCUUCACAAGCUGGAUGAGCUUGACUGCUUAGUUCGGGGGGUGCUGUAUAUUGAUUCGGUGGUGUCAAGAGGCUCCUCUGAGUGCUACUACUUUGAAAACCCCACAGACCCAGAUCAUUGCAUCCAGAGGCCCUACGCGCUGGAGAAUCCCUAUCCUCUGCUGCUGGUUAACAUUGGAUCUGGGGUCAGCAUCCUGGCUGUUUAUUCUGAGAGCAACUACAAACGAGUUACUGGGACUAGUCUCGGUGGUGGAACCUUCCUGGGCCUUUGUUGCUUGCUGACUGGCUGCUCUACUUUCGAGGAAGCCCUAGAAAUGGCUUCUAACGGGGAGAGCACCCACGUUGACAAGCUGGUUCGGGAUAUUUAUGGAGGAGACUAUGAGAAGUUUGGGCUGCCAGGCUGGGCUGUAGCCUCAAGUUUUGGGAACAUGAUGUUCAAAGACAAGAGAGAGUCUGUGUCUAAGGAGGACUUAGCCAGAGCAAUGCUGGUCACCAUCACCAACAAUAUUGGCUCCAUCACCAGAAUGUGUGCUCUCAAUGAGAACAUUGAGAGAGUGGUGUUUGUGGGCAACUUCCUAAGAGUGAACACCCUUUCUAUGAAGCUGUUGGCCUACGCCAUGGACUAUUGGUCCAAAGGUCAACUCAAAGCACUCUUCAUGAGACAUGAGGGUUAUUUUGGUGCUGUCGGUGCCCUGUUAGAGCUUCUCCAUCCGUCCUAAUCCAUCCAAAGAAGCACACGUCAAUCUGCUGCAAAGACCAUACGCACUUUAGUCUAAAAGUCAAUUCCAUGAUGGGAUGUUGAAUCAGCCAUAGGCCAGUUUUUUUAUGAAAUUAUGAGAACACUGUGUGGUUGUUCAACCACAGGCUUCCCUUGCAGUGGGACUUUAUUUUAUUGCAUGGUUCAGGGACAGUUUAUGCAUUUAAUGCACAUAAAUUAAAUAACGAACAUUGAACGCAGUAGUGCAGCAGGAGCUGAACAGAGGUUGGCCUAAUUGUGUGAGGCAACACAGACAACUGCUGAAUCCUGAUUUCUAAAUAUAGCACCAGUUGGUAUUGUCUACAGACCAAAGGGUUAAAACAGGGCCAUGGUCAAAUUUAGCUAUUGUAAAGAAUAGCAAGUGCAUGACCUGACCUUAGAAAAUGUAAAAAAAAAUUAGAACAUGGGGAUUUUUAAAUGGCUCCGAGGAUAAAGCAGAAACUAUUGGCAAAUGCUCACUGGAGAAUUUGUCCUUCACUUCUGUGCUGACCCUUGGAAUCAGACUACAUACACAUUCGCACACACACUAGAGACCCAGUGAAGAAAAACAUUUACAGGCAAUGCACUAGAGGAUAUAUUCAUAUUUAUAUAUUUCAUUUAGACUAUUUACAAGAGAGAAAAAGGCAGCCCUUUUUAAGAAAGUAUAAAGUUUCUAGCUUUUCUCUGUGAAGCACUGAUUUUGAUGCAGAACUUUGUUGCUAAGUCCGAGCAUCAGAUCUUUACGCAGAAACGUAACAAAACAAUCUUACCUGACAUUGACAUGCACGUACAACCGAAGCAGACAUCCAGAAACACACGCACACACAGCAUCAAACACACAGGCCUUAUAUGGAGCUUGAAACACAUGGUUGUGGUUGCAGCAGGAAAAUAAAGAUUUAGUGUUAAACAUGAUUAACAGCAUGAGGAGAAAAAAAACAAUAUUUGCUAAGGUAACAAAACAUUAAAGACAAAGGUGACACAAAUUCUCCCACGAUCCUUCUAGGAAAUGGCUCAGAGUCCUCAUUAUGGUCCAGCAGCUGUGUAGCAAUCACUGUCAUCUGAUCACCUUCAUUCAACUGCACAACAAUGUCUGUGGUCCUCCUCUAACCAGCCUAGCACAUUCAUCCACCCAGCUGGCUGGCUUUCUCUCCACUUCUGUUCUUGUUGGUGUACAGUGCUCCUUUGCAUCUGGAAGAUGAAGGUGGGGAAGAAGUAGACAACAAGACGACAAAAAGAAAGGUCUUUGUGUCUACGUUCUCUUAUUGGGUCCUAGCUGAGCUGGGCCAUGGGUCAAAGGGCAGUUAGACCAAAGUUACAACGACAAUACAUCAUGCCACUUGAGUCCAACCAGCUGUCUGAGAUGGGGUCAUAGCGCUGGACAGUGUUUAGGUAUGAUGACCCAGAGUGACCUCCCACCACAUAGAGGUAGUUAUCCACAAUGGCUGAGCCCACACCUGCAAGACAGCAACAGUAUACCGAUGUAUGCUCACCUAUGUUUUUGAUGCAAUAAUCACAACAGGUUCAAAUACUAUUCCAUGUAAAAUAUUGACUGUGAUUAAAAACACAAUUUAUGUUGA